ACGAGUGUGAGAAUGACUACUACAACGGGGGCUGUGUUCACGAGUGCAUCAAUAUCCCGGGGAACUACAGGUGCACCUGCUUUGACGGCUUCAUGCUGGCACACGAUGGACACAACUGCCUGGAUGUGGACGAGUGUCAGGACAACAAUGGUGGCUGCCAGCAGAUCUGUGUCAAUGCCAUGGGCAGCUACGAGUGUCAGUGCCACAGUGGCUUCUUCCUCAGUGACAACCAGCACACCUGCAUCCACCGCUCCAACGAGGGUAUGAACUGCAUGAACAAAGACCAUGGCUGUGCCCACAUCUGCCGGGAGACGCCCAAAGGUGGGGUAGCCUGCGACUGCAGGCCCGGCUUUGACCUUGCCCCAAACCAGAAGGACUGCACACUAACCUGUAACUAUGGAAACGGAGGCUGCCAGCACAGCUGUGAGGACACAGACACCGGCCCGAUGUGUGGCUGCCACCAGAAGUAUGCUCUCCACUCGGACGGCCGGACAUGCAUUGAGAAGGAUGAGGCUGCAAUUGAGCGCUCUCAGUUCAAUGCCACGUCAGUAGCUGAUGUGGACAAGCGGGUGAAACGGCGCCUACUCAUGGAGACGUGUGCUGUCAAUAAUGGAGGCUGUGACCGGACGUGCAAGGACACGGCCACGGGCGUGCGAUGCAGCUGCCCAGUUGGAUUCAUGCUGCAGCCCGACGGGAAGACAUGCAAAGACAUCAACGAGUGCCUGGUCAACAACGGGGGCUGCGACCACUUCUGCCGCAACACCGUGGGCAGCUUCGAGUGCGGCUGCCGGAAGGGCUACAAGCUGCUGACCGAUGAGCGGACGUGCCAAGACAUCGACGAGUGCUCCUUCGAGCGGACUUGUGACCACAUCUGCAUCAACUCCCCGGGCAGCUUCCAGUGCCUGUGUCACCGCGGCUACACACUCUAUGGGACAACUCACUGCGGAGACGUGGACGAGUGCAGCAUGAACAAUGGGAGCUGCGACCAGGGCUGUGUCAACACCAAGGGCAGCUUUGAGUGCCUCUGCCCCCCGGGGAGGCGGCUCCACUGGAACCGGAAGGACUGUGUGGACACAGGCAAGUGCCUCUCUCGGGCCAAGGCCUUGCCCCGGGCCCAGCUGUCCUGCAGCAAGGCGGGCGGCGUGGAGAGCUGCUCCCUCAUCUGCCCAGCCCACACACACUUCACUCCAGACUCGGAAAACAGCUACAGCCUGAGCUGCGGAGUCCCCGGUCUCCAGGGCAAGAUGCUGCAGAAACGCAACGGCACCGGCUCCAGUGCCGGGCCCAGCUGCUCAGGUGCCCCUACCACCCCCAUCAGGCAGAAGACCCGCUUCAAGAUCCGUGAUGCCAAGUGCCAGCUCCGGCCCCGCAGCCAUGAACCAGCAAAGGAGACCUCAAGGCAGCUGCUGCUGGAAAACUGCCACGUCACCUUUGUGACCCUGAAGUGUGACUCCUCCAAGAAGAGACGCCGUGGCCGGAAGUCCCCAUCCAAGGAGGUGACCCACAUCACAGCUGAGUUUGAGGUUGAGAUGAAGGCGGAAGAGGCCUCAGAUAGCUGCGAGGCAGACUGCAUGAGGAAGCGGGCAGAGCAGAGCCUGCAGGGUGCCAUCAGGACUCUGCGGAAGGCCAUCAGCCGGCAGCUGUUCUCCGUCCAGGUCGCCGGCACUGAGUACGAGGUGGCCCAGCGGCCGGCCAAGGCCCCAGAGAGCCAGGGGGCAUGUGGCACAGGCCAGGUGCUACAGGACAGCAAAUGUGUGGCCUGCGAGCCUGGCACCUACUUCAGCGGGGAUUCUGGACAGUGUGUGCCGUGUGCGCCGGGGACCUACCAGGAUGGGGACGGCCAGCUCAGCUGCAUGCCGUGCCCCAGCAGCGACGGGCUCGGCCUGGCUGGUGCCCGCAACGUAUCCGAAUGUGGAGGGCAGUGCUCUCCGGGCUCCUUCUCCACCGACGGCUUCCGGCCCUGUCAGGCCUGCCCUGUGGGCACGUACCAGCCCGAGCCCGGGCGCAUGGGCUGCUUCCCCUGUGGGGGCGGGCUGCUCACCAAGCAUGAGGGCACAGCCUCCUUCCAAGACUGCGAGGCCAAAGUGCACUGUUCUCCCGGCCACCACUACAACACCACCACCCACCGGUGCAUCCGCUGCCCCAUCGGCACCUACCAGCCCGAGUUUGGCCAGAACCACUGCAUCACCUGCCCAGGCAACACCAGUACCGACUUCGACGGCUCCACCAACGUCACGCACUGCAAAAACCAGCACUGCGGCGGCGAGCUUGGUGACUACACGGGCUACAUCGAGUCCCCCAACUACCCUGGCGACUACCCAGCCAAUGCAGAGUGCGUGUGGUACAUCUCGCCACCCCCCAAGCGUAGGAUCCUCAUUGUGGUCCCCGAGAUCUUCCUGCCCAUCGAGGACGAGUGUGGUGACGUCCUGGUCAUGCGGAAGAGCGCCUUGCCCACAUCUGUCACCACCUACGAGACCUGCCAGACCUACGAGAGGCCCAUUGCCUUUACCUCCCGCUCCCGGAAGCUCUGGAUCCAGUUCAAGUCCAAUGAGGGCAACAGCGCCAAAGGCUUCCAGGUGCCCUACGUCACCUACGACGAGGACUACCAGCAGCUCAUAGAAGACAUUGUUCGUGAUGGGCGGCUCUACGCCUCGGAGAAUCACCAGGAGAUUUUGAAGGACAAGAAGCUGAUCAAGGCCCUCUUCGACGUGCUGGCACAUCCCCAGAACUACUUCAAGUACACGGCCCAGGAGUCCAAGGAGAUGUUCCCACGCUCCUUCAUCAAACUGCUGCGCUCCAAAGUGUCCCGGUUCCUGCGGCCCUACAAAUAGCAGGAAACACUGACCAGCCCAUGGAGGGCACGACCGCGCCCACUCAGAGACCCCAGCCCAGCCGCACUGCUCCCAUCGCUGCCCCGUGGGACAACACUGCUUAAGGCAGCCUUUCUCCUUCCCUCCCUCCGCCUGUUUGUUUCCAGGACAGCGAGAGUGCCCUCUCCUGGGCCAGGCCCUCUGUGCUGCCAAGCAGGAGGGCAGCCCUGGCAGAGCACGUGUGGGAAGAUGGUUCGUGCCCCUCGAGUGACACCUCAGGAGAGAGGAGCGUGGCUGCCCGCCUCUGUGAGGCUCUGGGAAGUGUAAUCAGAGGCAAGAAGCCAGGCCCUGGAGAGAAGGGCAUGUGAGGGCUUCUGGAGGCUUUGAUAAGCCGGGUGAUGCCUGCAGGGGCGUCCACACCCACAGGCCUGGGACAAGCCCUGUGGUCAGGCUCUGGGGACUCUGAGGGGACAGAAAGAGCUGCUAGGGGAGGAAACUGUAGAUUUGUGCUUUCCCUUGAUAGAGCGUCUAAUUAAGUAUUAUAUAUGUACAAAUAUAAAUAUAAAUAUA